AUGUGCUGCACGCCCAGGGUGGCGAACGCGGAGGGAGGAGGACGAGGGACGCCGUCGCGGCUCUCCGCUGGCGGCGAGGAGGACGACGAGGACGGGCAGCAGCAGGCGUGGCGAAUGCUGUCGCGGUACGAGCGCAGGCGGGAGGCGUCCAUGAUGGUCGACGCGCUGGCCGCGGUCGUCGCCGGCGGGGCAGCGGUGCCGGUGCCAGCGCCGGCUAGUGUCCGUCAGCAGCAUGUGUCGCCGGCGGAAGGGCAGCGGUGGAGCGACUACUACGACACCGGAGACGUAACGCCGCCGCCGCCGUCCUCCUCUCGUCGUGCGCCGGCCGCACCUCACGAGCACGGGGCGGCAGGGAUUCCGGUGCAGCACUCGCCUGCGGCGGCGUCACCACCGGGGCCGAGUGAGCAGCUCCCGUCGCCGUCCUCCACCGACACCAUCACUCCGCGGAGGCGGUACCGCGGCGUGCGUCAGCGGCCGUGGGGGAAGUGGGCGGCGGAGAUCCGGGACCCGCACAAGGCGGCGCGCGUGUGGCUGGGCACCUUCGACACCGCGGAGGCCGCCGCGCGGGCCUACGACGAGGCGGCGCUGAGGUUCCGCGGCAGCCGCGCCAAGCUCAACUUCCCGGAGUCCGCCACGCUCGUGUCGGCGCCGCCGGCGGCGGUUCCUCCUCCGCCUCCGCCGCCGCCGCCGCAGAGGCCCGAGGCGCUGCUGGAGUCGCAGGCGCUGGCGCUGGCGGGCGGCGGCCGGGAGUACUCGGAGUACGCCAGGUUCCUGCAGGGCCCCGCCGAGCCAACGCCGCGCCUCUACGACCAGGCGGCGGCGGCGGCGCGCGCUGUCAGGCCGCCCGCGGCGUCCGGCUCCUCGUCGGCGCCGUCGUUCCCGGUGCUCUUCAGCUUUGGAGGCGGAGGAGGUGACAGCAGCGGCGCCGGGGGUCAUCACCGUCAGUGGUGGACGCAGGGCAGCAGCAGCUCCUCGAGCGACGGCGGGACCGGGUACCCGUCGCCGCCGCCGCCGGCGACUUGGGCGGACUCGGGGUGGUGGCCGGCGCCGCCGCGGGACCCCUCACGAUGA